ACAACAAGUCCUUCAGGGCCCAAUUUGCAUCCCACCUCUGCCAGGAAACAUUCACCAACCAAGCCACCUGAGUGGAGCUCCUUUGACCUGUUGUGUCAUGUUUUUUUAUUCCACUUACUUGGUUUUUAGUCACUUACUGUCAUGUAGUUUUAUUUACCUACAAUUGCAGGUGUGUGUGUGUUUACCCUAACAAUCCAUACGUUUUUUAGAGAUAGGGAUCAGGGCUUAAUUGCCAUGUAACUCCCACUAUACCUAUAAGAGAGUCUUAUAUAUUAUCUAUUUAAUGAAUAGUUGUUGUUUGAAAGAAAAUAUUAAGAGAUUCUUCCUUCUCUAUUUGACAAUUACAUUUUGAUUUUCAGUAUUUAGAAAUGAUGGAAUUAGAUAUAGGAGAUGCCACCCAAGUUUAUAUAGCAUUCUUGGUUUACCUGGACCUCAUGGAGAGUAAAAGUUGGCAUGAAGUAAACUGUGUGGGAUUACCAGACCUCCAGCUCAUCUGCCUUCUUGGUACUGAGAUAGAAGGAGAAGGGUUACAGACUGUGGUACCUACACCCGUCAGUGCUUCCCUCAGCCAUAACAGAAGCUGUGGCAGGCAGCCUCUAAGAUGGCUUCUUAUAAUCCGGCCUUCUGAUGGUCACACUCUUGUGUAAUUCCCUUCCAUGGAGUGUGGUCUGGAGUUAGUGACUUGCUUUCAAUAAAUAAAAUUUGGC